CUCGGGAUGGUUUGUUAACCUCUAUUUUUCUUCAGUGAUAGACUAUAACAAUUCGCUGCGUGCUGAAUCCGAAGCUCUUCCAUAGGUUGGUUGGAGGCUCUUGGAGAUCGGUUCUUUCGAAGGUCGAAUCCAUGGGUGAUGUCACAUCUUACCAUGAUCUUCGAGAAGUUUGCCUGAUUGAAUGACAUCUCGGGUAUAGCUCGGGCGCGAACCAACUAUACCAUAUUUCUACCUGUCAUCCUGAAAAUAUGACCUGAAAAUCUAUUUCCCUCACUUUGUUGUACAUCACGCCAUGUUCACCCAUCUACUGGUGUUGCUUUGCGCAUCUGCCUUUGACGUGGGAGGCUGCACGUUGGGGUUCCCAGUAUGUUGUGUGUCUACCAGCGAUGAUUAUAGCGAAGGUACGAGGUGCCAGAACGUUCCCAAUGUGAACGCAUGUAGUAAAACGGCUCAAACGACCACCACACUCUGCUGCGAGGACGUUAGCAGCGUGAAUCUGAACGGAACAGCAACGGAUUGCACUGCCUACGAGUAGUUCUAUAGUAUAUGCCUGCUUUGUUCGUAAAAUUUCUGCACCGUGCAGUGGUUGCAAGCAAAUAAUUUGCAGAUCACCAGUAAGAAUGCAAAUCAC